GCCCUCGUCUCUGCUUUAUGUCUUUAGCUUUACUGCAGGAAAGGACACAACAAUCUACCUACAUACACCACAGGAGAUCAGAUUUGGCGUCAGAAUGCCUCCACCUGGUGUGUGCUUAGACAUUUUGUCUGAGAGGAAUCUAAAGGAUGGACGGGGAACUUCCUCAAAUCCAGACAAUUUCCAUGGUCAAGAUUUCAAUGAGCUGAAGCGAUACUGUUUGAAAGAGAGACUGCGGUUUGUAGACAGCACGUUCCCUCCAGAUAUACAAUCCAUUGGUGUGGGACUCCUGGAACCUGAGGUUGAGAGAAGAGUCAUGUGGAAGAGACCGGCGGAACUGGUGUCCAACCCUGUUUACAUAGUUGAGGAAACUUCAAGGUUUGACUUUCGUCAGGGUGAUGUAGGUAACUGCUGGUUUCUAGCGUCUGUUGGAGCUCUUACAUUUCAAAGACAAAUUAUGAAGCAGAUUAUUCAGCCUGAGCAACGCUUCUCUGUGGAUUAUGCAGGAUUAUUUCACUUUAGGUUCUGGAGAUUUGGAAUAUGGGUGGAUGUUGUUAUUGAUGACAAGCUGCCAACCAUUGAUGGACAGCUCAUCUUUGUUCGCUCCAAAACACCGAACGAAUUCUGGCCUGCUUUGUUAGAGAAAGCCUAUGCUAAAGUCUGUGGAUCCUACAAAGAUAUGAACGCUGGAAAGAUCUCAGAGGCGUUGAAGGACUUUACUGGUGGACCACACGUGACCUUUAAACUAAACGAAGCAACAGAAAAACUCUGGGAUGUCAUGAGACGAGUCGGAAAUUCAGAAUCCUUAAUGGGAUGCAGCACUGCUGGAGAGGGAGCGCUAGUAAACACAGUGUUGCCUAACGGCCUUGUGAAGAUGCACGCUUACACGGUCACAGGAGUUGCAGAGGUUUUAUGUAGAGGUCAACCAGUGAAGCUGGUGAGAAUCUUUAACCCCUGGGGUCAUGGAGAAUGGAAUGGAGAUUGGAGUGACAGAUCACCUUUGUGGAGUCUGGUACGUCCUGAGGAACAGAAUUACAACACCGUGCGUAAUAACGGAGAAUUCUGGAUGUCCAUGGAGGACUUCUGUAGGAACUUUUCAGAAAUAGAUAUAUGUUGUUUAGACAUGAACGUUCUUGCUGGAACUCAUUCGUCCUCCUGGAGAACUGAAGCUUACAGUGCUCAAUGGGUGAUGGAAACAACAGCUGGGGGUUGUCCGAAUUACGCAGACAGUUUUCCAAAAAAUCCUCAGUGCCGUGUGACCAUUCAGGAGAAUGCUGAAGAUCCCAGAGACGCAAACAGUCCGAAUGUCCUCGUGUCACUUCUGCAGAAACCUCUUAAAGCACACAGACACUUGGCAACGAAUUUCCAUAUUGGCUUUAACAUUUAUGAGGUGCCGGCUCAUUUAAAAGACCUGAGGGAAAAAAUUCCUGCUCCGUUUUUCAAGACAAAUCCUCCUGUUGGAUCCACCAAAAAUUUUCCUAAUGCUAGGGAAGUCACAGAGUUUUUUAGACUAAAUGCAGGCGACUAUAUCAUUGUACCUUCAACAUAUUAUCCUAAUGAAGCGUCAGCCUUCAUUCUGACGGUCUACUCAAAGACUGAAACUCAUAUGAAAGACAUAUCUGAAAAUGGCUUGAAAGGAACAAAGAUUAAUCCCAGAGAUAUUGAUGGACCCUUCUUGCUAUUUCAACAAUAUGCAGAUAAGUACCGGGAGGUCGAUGCAGAGCAACUUCAAAAACUACUCAAUGAGAAUCUUCAUGCAAAAUUCAGUUUGGAUCUGUGUAAGAGCAUGUUGGCGUUGAUGGAUCUCAGUGUUACUGGAAGACUUAGUGAGUCUGAAUUUCAUCGUCUUUGGAAACGAGUUUUUUGGCUAAAGGAUGUUUUUAAUAAAAUGGACGUCACAAACACUGGGACUUUGUUACUGAGGGAACUACAGAACGCUCUUCUUGUGGCAGGGUUUGGAUUGAGUGACAAUAUGCUCAAUCUCAUGGCUAUACGGUACGGUCACUCCAAUGGACAGAUUACACUUGAGAACUUUAUUUUCCUGGUUCUGCGCAUGGAGAGCAUGUCCAAAACAUACAAAACACUCGCUCCUGGAGGACUAGGCAUGAUACUGCAAGAAAAUGAAUGGAUGUAUCUUACCAUGUACUCGUGAGUACACAAACUGUAUGAGGUUGGAUCCAGGACAAACUGCUGAGGACAAACUCAUUUCUGUUUCAGAAAAAAAUCCAGAAAUUUCACAUCGCAGCUUCACUUUCAUACUUGAAAUAUUUCUAUAAAGUCUGAUUUAUUUGAUGUGCAUUUUAAGAAUUGGUGCUGAGAGGUUAAAAUGCACAAACAGAUAAGUAAUCUAGGUUAGUUGUUGCUUGAAGGAUGACUCAAACCAAAUUAACUUUUAUUAUCCUCACAAUCAGUUUUGCACUAUUAAAUAAAGUUUCAUUUUAGCA